AUGACGAAGAAUAACUUGGCUGUUCAUCUCAAAUGGCUGAAAACCCAAGGGAAGCCUUUGUACCCUCAACUGGUUCAAACUAGCCCGCAUGGACCGAACAAUAACGUACCGCAACAACUGACUCCCCCCACCGACGAGUUCGCGGCCCUCGAUGACAUACUUGAAGACGUGGAAAAUGAGACGGACGAAGCAAUGGCAAGAUUGUUAUUUGCACCCCAAUCGGCGAGUAAACCUCGAAUGUUGAGCCGACCCGACACGCUCCCCGCCAGUACCCCGUCAAUUUCAAAGAAACGCGCCGAACCGAAGCAGUCAAGCGUGAUCAGAGAUCCUUUCCGCGAACAACCAUCAUCACACAAAGUUGUCAAACCAAAGACGACCCCGCUGCGACCAGACUGGACUACUGCUGAACGUGAUGAUAUUGAAUCUAUAGAUUUAACAGGAGAGAUAGAUCGAUCAUUGCUAUCGUCUCGGAAAAUCCAGCCAGGCGAGCCGCGCGGGUCAUGGCUGGAACACAACACACCAUGCGAAGCCAUUCAAGAAAAACGCGGCAAGAAGCGCAAAAGUGACGAUUACACAUCGGACCUUCUGUCGCCGUCCAAACAUGCGACCAAGGUGCGAAGCAUAUCGAAAUCGUCUCGAUCUCCGGCUGCAAAAGACACAAUAACGGACCACCCCACAAUCUCACGACACACAACUCAGACGAACCCCCCAAGUGUGGUGAAAAGACUCGAGCACAGUUCCCCUGUGGCCCAUCUAAGUCGUCGCAAACAAGUCAUCGCAGACUCGGACGAUGAUGAGGAUAUAUUUGAUGAUUGGGGAGACGAUGUUGACCCCGACGAUGGGAUGAUAUUAGACGCCGAAGAAAGCUUAUACCCAAUACUCCCUGAGAUGAGUCCAGUGGACGAUGAAAAAAAUUUUGAGAUCAAGCCUUCGCCGUCUGAAUAUACGCCGAAAGCACCGUUGCCACAGGCGCAACCAUCGACUCGGGUCAAGGAAAAGGCGGCUGCAAAAGAUCCCUUUCCGUCGACGCCUUGGUCAAAGCCAUCCAGCUCACAGGCAAAAGAUCCGGCUAUUUUGGAAUUCUUAGCACUUGGAAAUAAUGCCUUUGGGCAUUCGAUCUCUAAAUUGAAGGCUACCCUUCAGAAAAAUUCUGAAAUAGUUUAUCAACAGGCAAUGGAGGGCCAGCCAGUUCCAGAAUUGAUUGCUGAAAACAAGAGACUUGUUUCUCAGAUUGAGGCCAUCGAAUCUUUGCAAAAGCAACAAUCCGCACAUCAAGCCUGCGUUUCUCGCAAAGAAAGACUCAAGCAAAGUCUGAUACGCGCAAUCUCGCAAGGUCUCGACCCAACGACUAUGCCGGAAGAGCUCGCACAGAGUCGAGCCGUCGAGAUAGAAUUGGAGCAAGCAGAAGCGCAAAUAUCCCACCUUCUAUCUCAAGUCAACAUCCUGGAACUGGCGCACGACAGUCCUUUCGACCCUACUUCCAUGGACUGUACCAAAUCAACCUCUGAAGAUCGUGCAGUCUCCCGAGAAUCCGAUAUCUUUUCCUGUUCGCAGGCCACCCUCGACGAAGUGCGUCAUCAACAGCGUUUGCCUUUCACGAGCCCUAAAAAGACGAAAGAAACACCCGGGCGUAACAGUGGCGAAAAUAACAUCUCUCGUAACAUGGGCUCUCCUCCGUUUGCUUCGAUGGAUGUUGACGAAUUUGAAUGGAAUAUUAGUGACGACGAGGUACUAGAGGCAGCCGAAAGCUUUGGCGGUUCUCAACAAUUACUGGUUCGCAAUCAUGAGGGUCAAAACCGCAAAGUUUUUGCAGAAACCUCUGGAAAUACCUCAAAGGCCUCCGUUACAAAGAAGUCACCCGGUCACAGUGCCUUUUGGUCAAACCAUCCGUGGUCUCAAGAAGUCAGGAAGGUCUUGAAAGAUCGAUUUCAUCUUCGUGGAUUCCGACCCAAUCAGCUUGAAGCCAUCGAUGCGACGCUUGCUGGCAAAGAUACGUUCAUUCUUAUGCCCACUGGGGGAGGAAAGUCUCUAUGUUAUCAAUUGCCCUCCAUAGUCACAAGUGGACGCACCAGCGGAGUAACAAUCGUGAUAUCUCCAUUACUUAGUUUGAUGGAGGACCAGGUUUCACACUUGCGAAAACUGAACGUGAAAGCUUUCCUGAUUAACGGCGAAACCGAAAAAGAGGAAAAGUCGUGGAUUCUGAGUCAGCUCUCAAGUACAAGUGGAGAGGCCCUGGAAGUCCUGUAUAUCACCCCUGAAAUGAUCAACAAGAACCAAGCUUUGGUCAGAGCUCUUGAGAGGCUUCAUGGAAAGAAAAAAUUAGCCCGCCUCGUCAUCGAUGAGGCCCACUGUGUCAGUCAAUGGGGGCAUGAUUUCCGGCCGGACUACAAAGAGCUCGGGGAAGUGCGAAACAAACUACCUGGUGUACCGGUCAUGGCCUUGACAGCUACUGCGACAGAAAAUGUGAAGGUGGACGUGAUACACAAUCUAAAUAUGGCUGGAUGUGAAGUUUUCUUACAGAGUUUCAAUCGCCCCAAUCUGACGUACGAGGUGCGAUCGAAGGGGAAGAAUGAUGAAGUUUUGGCCAGUAUGGCGGAGACCAUCACAAACUCCUACCCAAAUCAGUGUGGAAUCAUUUACUGCCUCUCGCGUGCCACCUGCGAGAAAGUUGCGGAUGAUCUGAGAGAGAAGUACCGUCUUAAAGCACGUCAUUACCAUGCGAAGCUGGAUACGAAUACAAAAUCAAAAGUCCAGAGCGCUUGGCAGGCGGGCCGAGUGCACAUCAUCGUUGCUACCAUUGCUUUUGGGAUGGGAAUUGACAAACCCGAUGUUCGAUUUGUCAUGCACCACAGCAUCCCAAAGAGUCUUGAAGGCUACUAUCAGGAAACCGGUCGUGCUGGCCGAGACGGCAAGCGAUCUGGUUGCUAUCUUUACUACGGCUACAAAGACGCGGCAACCUUGAAGCGGAUGAUUGACUCGGGAGAUGGCAGUGGCCAGCAAAAAGCACGUCAAAAGCAGAUGUUGCGAAAUGUGGUUCAAUUUUGCGAGAACCGCAGCGAUUGCAGACGGGUGCAGGUUCUCGCCUAUUUCGCCGAAAAUUUCCGCCAAGAAGAUUGCAACAACACCUGUGAUAACUGUAAGGCUGAUUUGGUAUUUGAGGUUCAUGACUAUACUGAGCAGGCAUCUUGGGCAAUCAAGAUUGUGCGGCAAUUCCAGAUCGCAAAGGAGAAAGUAACUGUGAUUUAUUGCACCGACAUACUUCGCGGAGAUUCCAAAAGGCCUAAGCACCCAUCACAUCGCAAAAUGCCAGGUUAUGGGAAGGGAUCCGAUCUCGAUCGUGGAGCAGCCGAACGUCUGUUCUAUCGACUGCUUGGUGAAGACGCCUUGGCCGAAGAGAACGUGAUCAACAAAAGUGAUUUCGCUAAUCAGUAUCUCGUUCUCGGCCGUCGCGCAGCAGAGUACGAAAGUGGCCAGCGACAAAUGAAACUCCAAGUUCGCGCCUCACCGAACAGUAAGGCCAAGGCCAAAAGCAAGGCCUCCGCUGCUGUGCAGAAAGGGAAAUCGGCCUCUUCAGGCUAUCCCCAGUCCACCAUGGUUUCAUCUCCAGUCCAAUCUGCUCAAGAUCGCCACCUUGAUCGCUUCCAGUAUACCGGACCCUCGGUAGAAGCUGAUGAUGACAGUGACGGCUUUGAGCCAAUCCGAGUCACCGGCAAAUCUCAUCGCUCAAACAACCAUGAGAUGGGCCCUCCAAUUACCCGUGAUCAACGGUUGGAUCGACUUGAUCAUAUGCAUCGGGCAGUCGUGGAAGACUUCCAAGAGCAUGCCAAAAUCAUGCUUCAAGAUCUUGUCGUCAAAAAAGGCCUUCGCUGCCAACCGUUCUCUGAUCAGGCGCUACGUGAAAUGGCCAUAUCCUUCCCUAAAAACCUGACUGAGCUUUCUGCAAUCCCGGACAUUGAUCAGGAUAAAGUGAAGCGCUAUGGCCGGCAAAUCUUGGGACUGGUUGAAAAUGCAAAGCGUCGUUACCAAGAAAUGACACAAGAGGCAGAGACCAGCGGUGUUGUUCCAGAUCCCAACCACCACAAUGUUAUCAACCUCAGCAGCAGUGACGAGUACAGUGACGACGAUUUGUUUAUGGACGAGGGCACGUUCAAUCUGGACAACCCUAUCCAAGAUACGCCUAGCAAUACAGCUGAAAAUAUUACAAGUCGCUACUUUCCUCCACCAGCUUCUCCGGGUUACGACUCGGGCGAGGACUUUGAAUCCGGGGCUGCGGCUUCUGGCUCCAAAGGUCGCAAACGACAACCUGCCAAACGGGCACCACGACGGAAGUAUGGCUCGACUGGCAGCUGGAAAGGAAAAGGCUCGCGAUCGAAGGCGAAGUUGGAUCGGCUCACCAGCCAGUCGGCUGCACCCCGAACAAAUGCCAGAACCAAGACUCCCAAGUCUACGAUUGGAAUGAUGCCUAUUUGA